AUGCCGCCUCAAGGUGCCGCUUACAAUGUGGACUGGAUCCUCUCCAACACUUCAAAUGUUCACGUGGCCAACGACCGAGCAUGGUUCACAUCCUACAUUCCAUUUCGCACCAAACUCUCAACCAUGCUUGGUGCUGAGCCAACUGUCGAAGUCCUUGGUAUUGGCACAGUUAUACUGCCCACAAGAAUCCACCGCCAAGGCAAAGCAAACAAAUCUAGCCGUGAGAUCACUCUACACAACGUCCUUUAUGCUCCCAGCUACACCGUCAACAUCUUCGCCAUGUGUAUGGAGCCAGAUCUUGUCGUUCCAUUGAGCUGUGACGUCAAGCCCAUCCUCAAGAGUGGUACAGACAAAGUCCUCGGUCUGGUUGUCUUCAAGACAUUGUGGAGAGUGUGGCUGAAGGGCCAGUCGCAAAACCAGAGUGUUUUGGAUCCGGAAAGGAUGUACUACUUCCAUGCCUCUUGGCCGGAAGAGGAGAUCAAGAAGUACAACAACUUCGUCGCAGAGGCCAAGGCUAAGGAAGCAAGCAAAUCCGACUGCGCUCUUCCACUCACCACAGUUGAGAAAGACUUCUUGAAGAAGCAUUACGGCAACGAGUUCAAGUUACUCUUGAUGUACGAACUCUCCAUAUACAAGGAAGACGACCGUGAAGAAGGUCGACGCAUUCUCAGAGCUCUGAUGUCCGAAUUUGAAGCUGAGGCCGAUGCCCCUGAGGACUCUGAAGAUGAUGAUCGAUCUGUCGAAAGCAACGACUUUCCCGCUGAUUUGGAGCGUGAUCCCACUUCCCAUGUCGCCGACUACAAAUUCAGUACCGAUCAACUCGACUAUGUCAAGGCGCACUACGGUCACUCUGGUCACUUCAUGCGUUGCUAUGGCCUCAAGCCCUGA